CUACCGACCGUCAUGAGAGGUGGAGGUGUUAUCAAGUGACUGAAUCAUGGUUGUGUUUUCAUGAAGUUUUGUGACUUUCGCGGCGGUCAUAGGAAUUAUGUCGACUCAAAAUGGGUAAUUUAUCAACUGUAGUGAAGUUUAGUGCAGCACUCUUCUCCUGUCUUGUGGAUUAUGCUUGGGCCGAAAACGAAUUACGAGAAUGUAUUGAAGGAGAAGGAGGAUGCAAGAGAUGUAGAGAUGGAAUGUGUGCUAGGUGUGCAGUCCUUCUACAUCAGGGGACAUGUGUCGAUACUUGUCCAGCAGGUCAUAUCGCAGAUUGGUCGACUAGAGAUGAAUACAUGGGUAGAAUUUGUAAAGAAACUGGAUAUAUGUUUGGAUUCACUGGUAGUCAGGUAGCCAUUUUGGUAGGAGUUGUUUCCGGAGCAACUAUAUGUAUCCUCAUUAUAUUAUGUGGAGCGAUAAUUGUGCAUCGAAGAAAGAAAAUAACUGCAAAGUUUAUCCAGCAAUUCGAAGACAGUGCAGAGAGAAGAGAAUUUUUAAAGCAUCUUGCAACACUUAGGGGAGAAGGCAAUACAUUUCUUGCUAUGCUCAAUGAUACUAGAAGACAAGUUAGAGAAUUAUAUUAUUCGGGAAAUAAUGGGGAUGGUGCUGUUGGAAUACAAGCUUAUAGACCAGUUUUACGUGAUUUGGCAAGGAUAUUAGUCCUUAUUAACAGAAGAGAUGAUGAAAUACCAGUUCCUCCAGAUGAUUGGCAGAGACUUUUUUCUUGGGCAGAGAGACUUUUGAGGCGUUACAAAAGGCACAGUUCUCCCGAAGUGGCUCAACUUGUGACGUUCUUGCAACAAUCAACAGCAUCUGUUCAAAUGAACUCUCCACAGCAAGUAACAAUCACACAAUCACCUCAACCAUAUGAGCUAAGAACCACUCCAACUAAUUUGACUACAUUCCAAGCAAAUGUACCACUUACAACAUUUCAACCAAGUGAUAAAUCAAGUAUCAGUCCUGCGAGUUCCAGUCUUGGAUAUGUAAAGGACAGCCCUGUAAGUUCCAGUCUUGGACAAAACAGUUCUGGAGCAUAUAACGAAAAACUUAGUCCAAAUGGAUCUAGUAUAGGACAAACAACUCCACUAGUAUAUGACAACCAAAAACAACUGAAAACUUCCAGUACACAUUUUCAAGAACUUGCCAUUUCAACAUUUAAUCAUACUUAUAAUACUGGUGCAACGUUAACAGAACCAACUUGUACAAUAGACGAGUGCGAAGCAAAUGGACUUGAUCAUGAAUUAAACCCACAAUGGGAAUUUCAAAGUACUACAGAGGCUGCUAACUAUACUAUUCUAUCAGAUUGGUCACCAGCUCGCGAAUACCUCAUCGAUGACUUCACAAUUCUUGGUUUCCGACCACAAGAUGAAAUUACUACAGAAUUGUAAAUAGCAUGUUAUAACAAGUAUAACAUGAAUAUUUCUUUAUAGUAUUUACUUGUAAAAAUAUUUUUUAUGUUUUACAGUAUGUAUAUAUUUAAUUCGUUGUCAAUUUUCUCGUAGAUUCUAAAGACCAGAUAUAAAAGAACCUCCAUUAUUUGAUUCGUCUAAAAAAAAAAAAAAAUAAAACGCUUACUUUUCUAGCGUUGAUAUAAACAAUACGUAUAAAGAAAUACGUAUAAACAUAAUCAAUUUAUAAAAUGUACGGGUUUCAUUUUUCUCGUUGCUAAAUUGCGCAAAUAUUUUUAUAUUCUUAUUGUAUUUCAAAUCAUUUACGUUUCUUUUCUAAUGUACUGCAUUUUGUUACUGUAACGUGAAAUAUAUUUUCGUAGAAGUUAUUUUAGCGUAAGGGUAGAAUGUAAAGGAGCAACGUGCUUUGGUCUGUCAGGUACAAAGGGCAAUAAAACCUUGUUCACAAUGCCCGCAAAGGUUCUAAUUGGGUAGCGGUACCUACCGAAAGUGCCAUAAAAGAACCAUUUUUCUUAUGGAAACAUCAAUCGUUUCUGUCCCUUCAAGGAGAAAGCAUGCAUACCCGCGAUUUGUUUAUUCGCAAGGUACUACACGUACUACAUACGUUUACUUUGAUUGCAUUAUUACGCGUGAGCACGUAUACAAGUAAGUUUCAUACUGAAAUGGUACGAUAAAUUAAUUUUAAUCAUUCUAGGGAACAUACAGCGUUUGAAUAGCAAAACAUUCGAAUAAUGGAGAUUCUAUUGUAUCAAUUAGUACCUACAAAUUCACUGCACCUUCAUAUCACUAAAAUAAUUUAUUUGUGUCUAGUGUAUUUUUGUAAAAUCGCAUUUUCAGUUAUCUUCAUAUAAUUAAAAUUUUGUUAAAGUAUAUCAAAAUAUUAUAUAUAUAUAUAUAGAAGGUGAGACACCUAAGACUGGAAUUUAAAAUAUCAUCGUUGUUUUUGAUAAUAUGAACAAAUUUUGAUGACAGAUAUAUUCGAUUCGACGGAGCACACAAUAUAAUAAGAAUUACAUUUUGUUAAGAUCACAAUUUUUUUUAUCUUAAAGCCACUUAAGUUCUUUUUUAAUGGAAUCUAUAUUUCUUGAAUGCAGACACAGCAUAAUCAUGCGAGUUCAAUUUAAUCAUAUUACACAUUGUAGGACCUUGUUGCACAAUAAAAGAUAAAAUACUAUAAGAUAGAAUACAGUCCAACAAUAAAUCAUAUAUUUUCUAAGCUCGAAAGGUAUAUGAUUCGUUAAAAAAAGGCUUAAAUUUCUUAUGUAUAUAUAUAUACAAAGAAUUGAAAGGUUGUGGGCCUAAAUAUGUAUACACACUGUGUUCACAAAGUUGAGAAAGUAAAGGAAGUUUUUAUAAAUCCAUAUUUGUAAGGUUCUGUUGAUAAAGAAAAUAUUAAGAGUUUAAUUCUAGUAAGAGCUCGAGCUUCCAUCCGUAGUUUUUCAUAACACGUUCACUCUAAAGCGACUGUGGAACUGACUCAGGCGUGAAGCGAAAAGGUCAAAUGCAGAGUGACCGUCAUCGCCUGUCUUGUCUAUGCGAUAAGUUUUCGUAAUGACGUGUAUUUACAUCUCUCUGCGUAAAUGUGUCAAACAAAAUUCACCGGUUUUGCAAUGGAUUUUGUAAUAUCCUGUUAGGUUCUAUUAAUUAGUCAACAAUAAUUCCUGUUUUUGCAUUUAUGAACGUUAUAAGAAUUAUCAAAAGAGUUAGAAAGGUUUUGCUAAUGGAUCAUAAAACCUAUAACAUUUAAUAAAACAUCUUCAAACAUGGGUUUACUUAAAUUUUGUUAACUUGAUCUCUUCAAUAUCUUGUAUAAAUUUGGCCAAAUAGUUUUUUAAAUUCUUCAUGUAUAAAUAUAUAAUAUAUAUAUUUAUAAUGAUACCAAAUAAUUAUAAACGAUUUGUGUUGAUAUUUUUUUUAUUUAAUUUCUUAUACGAUUAAUAAUUAUUAAUGUGUAAUUUAUUAUACUAGUCAAUAUUUCUUAUUAUCUAAGAAUAUCAUUUAUAAAGGCAUAUCUUCAUAUCAUGAAUAUUUGGAAACGAAUUUACAAAAAUAAUUCUAAAAAUUAACUGAAAGUACUCUUCUUUGGUGCACCAACAUAUCACUACCAAAAUAAAAUGUUGCAAAAUACUAUGUGUGUAAUACACAUGUAUACAAAUGUUUGUAUACGUUAUUAUACAAGAUGACUUUUAUAAAUUGAUCUAUGAGAUUGUCUUCAAAGUUUAACGGCAUGUGGAAAAUAUACAGUUUGCAUUAUGAUUUUCAAAUGAAAUAGUAAACAUAUUGUAUUUAAAAAUUUUCAAAUAAAAUUAUAAACCUAUGUGGUUGAAGUUGUUCCAUCAUACUCUUUUACAUACGUAUGUACGUUAAACAACAAUAUAGCUUCCAUUUAAAGAAACUUAAAUACUUAUCGUCCAUUAACGAACUGAACAUCUUUCAUAUAUGUAGUUUUUAAUGUCUUUAAAUUUUAAAGACAAUCGCAUGAAUCACUUUGUAAGCCUGAUCUUAUGUAUAAAGACCAAAAUGGUCAGUUAUAUGUACAAAUGGAUGUAAAUAUUGACAUUUUAUUAGCGAAUGUAAGAAAAUGUUAAAUAUAAUAUAUGUCUAUGUCAAAUAAUUAAAAUUUAAUUUUUCGUUGUGC